ACACAUUAUUUUCAAAUGAAUGUAAGGCAGGAUGUAAACUGUAUGCACAUUUAAAACCAAAAGAAAUAAUAUAUUAUUUUGGUAUUAGCAUUCCCUUUAUACUUCACUCAAAUUCUCUCCUUACACUUGAUCAAGAUUCAUUAGAUAUUUAUUCAUUUUUUAAUGCAGAUGAAACAUUCACAUUUAGUUUCUAUUUUUAA